AUUCUCGCCCCCUCCCUUUCCUCCCCUGCUCAGCUUCCAGGGCCGCACGAGGCGCCUCCCCUUGAAGCAAUUUAACCUCCCUCCCACCCGCUCCUUGAGCUCUGCCGGCGAACACUAAUUAGGUCGUCCGCUGCCCCUCUGGGAUUCCAGGGCGAAGAGAUAAGGGGUGGGCGGGCGAGGGUGGAGAGAGCGCGCGCGAGAGGAAAGGCUGGGGGCGGCGCGCUCGCGCUCUGCCCGCCCGCCUUCCCCACCCCCCUUCUUCCCCCACACUGGCUCUCUCUAGCGGGCAAGGCUGCUUGGCUAGCCUGCGCGCCCGCCUCUCCCGAGCAGCCAUGAACCGAGUGGGCAAGAAGGAUGAGACCCUCAUCGAGAUGGGUCUGGCCAAUGACGGUGAAGAAAGUAAUGGACCUUUAUUUGAAAAUUUAUCAAACACAGAUUCAGAACUGCCUUGCAACUCUGAGAGCCUAAGUACCACUGAGACUACAUUACUCAUCUCUGAUCUUCAAGGGAAGGCUGGAAGGAGAUACAAUCUGUUCCUGAAGCAACGUCUCAGGAUUGAUAAACGCCAUCAAAGCAAGGACUCUGUUUUCUUCAGGGAUGGUGUCCGGCGAAUAGACUUCGUACUUGCAUAUGUAGAUGAUCCAAAAAUAGAAGGAGAAAAAAAAGUGGAACGGAGACGAGAAUUUGAGAACAAUCUAGAGAAGGCUGGCCUGGAACUAGAAACUGAAGACAAGAAGGAAUCUGACAAUGGGAAAACUUACUUUGUGAAGAUUCAUGCGCCAUGGGAAGUUCUGAUCACAUAUGCUGAAGUGCUGAGCAUAAAAAUGCCCAUCAAAGAAAAUGAUAUCCCUUGUACUACAGAAAACCCUUUCGAUUGGAUAUCUUGGCCAUUUAGACUGCCUGAAAUUGUGAUGCACCCAGAACCAGAUUACUUCACAGCCCCAUUCAGCAAAGAAAGGCAGGAACUCUACCUCAUUGAAGAUGAGAAUACAUUUUUCUCCCCGUCUGUCAGGAACAGAAUUGUUUUCUAUAUUUUAACAAGGUGUCCAUAUGGAACAGAAGAAGGGAAAAAGAAGUUUGGAAUCAAACGGCUCUUGAAUAAUGGCACCUAUACUGCUGCUUAUCCUCUUCAUGAUUGCCAGUACUGGAAGAGGGCAAACGACCCGAAGUGUGAAAAUGAAAGGUACACCCUCUACAGAGAAUGGGCAAGGUUUCCUCGUUUUUUCAAAGAGCAGCCCUUGGAUCUUAUCAGGAAGUAUUAUGGGGAGAGGAUUGGAAUCUACUUUGCCUGGCUGGGGUUCUACACUGAGAUGCUGUUCUUUGCUGCUAUCGUUGGAUUAAUCUGUUUCCUGUAUGGUGCAUUCACAAUGAAUGAAAAUAUGAGUAGCCAAGAAAUAUGUGACUCCGAAAUUGGGGGAAAGAUUAUCAUGUGCCCACUAUGUGAUCAAAAAUGUGAUUACUGGAGAUUGAACUCCACGUGUGAGUCUUCAGAGUACUCCCAUUUGUUUGAUAAUGUGGCGACCCUCUUUUUUGCAAUCUUUAUGGGCAUUUGGGUCACACUUUUCUUGGAGUUCUGGAAGCGUCGGCAAGCUCGACUUGAAUAUGAAUGGGAUCUAGUUGAUUUUGAGGAGGAACAGCAACAACUCCAACUGAGGCCAGAGUAUGAAGCAAAAUGUACUCAAAAGAGGAAGAAUCCAGUAACGCAGGAAUUAGAAUUGGUUAAGAGGAAGAGCAUACAUGACUAUGGGAAACUGAGCUUGUUGUACUUUGGAAUUUUGUUUUGGAUCUUUUUGAUCAUAGCUAGUAUGAUAGCCGUGAUAGUUUACCGCCUUGCCGUCUAUGCUGCUUUUGCCAGCAUCAUGGAGAAUGCACAAACCUUGCAGCCUAUUCAAGGUAUCCUGACACCACAACUGGCAACAUCGGUCACUGCUUCAUGCCUGAAUUUUGUCAUCAUUAUGAUACUGAAUUUCUUGUAUGAGAGGAUAGCCAUCUGGAUCACAGAUAUGGAGAUCCCAAGAACUCACCUUGAAUACGAGAACAGACUCACCAUGAAGAUGUUCCUGUUUCAGUUUGUCAACUAUUAUUCUUCAUGUUUCUACGUGGCUUUCUUCAAAGGGAAAUUUGUGGGGUACCCAGGUCACUACACAUACAUGUUUGAUCGCUGGAGAAAUGAAGAGUGUGAUCCUGCAGGAUGCCUGAUAGAGCUGACAACACAGCUUACCAUUAUCAUGGCUGGCAAACAGAUAUGGGGCAACAUCCAAGAGGCUAUUGUACCCUGGAUCCGGAAUUGGUGGGGCCGUCGGAAAGCCAGUAGCAGUCCUGAGAAUUUAUACAGUCGAUGGGAGCAGGACCAUGAUCUGCAGAACUUUGGAGCCUUGGGCCUAUUCUAUGAGUACUUGGAAAUGGUUAUCCAGUUUGGAUUUAUCACUUUAUUUGUGGCCUCUUUUCCUUUGGCUCCACUACUUGCUCUGAUGAACAAUAUCCUGGAAAUUCGAGUUGAUUCUUGGAAGCUUACAACGCAGUUUAGAAGGCCAGUGGCAGCCAAAGCCCAUAGCAUAGGAGUCUGGCAAGAAAUUCUGAAUGGGAUGGCUAUCUUGUCUGUUGUCACAAAUGCAUUUAUUGUUGCCUUCACAUCCGAUAUGAUCCCUCGAUUGGUAUAUUAUUAUGCCUACUCUAUGGAUCCUUCUUCACCCAUGUCUGGAUACAUUAAUGACAGCCUCUCCAUAUUUCAAACCUCAGAUUUUCCUGAUAAAAACAGGCCUGACAUAAACCCAGAAAACUUUUCCACUUGCAGGUACAGGGACUAUCGAUAUCCACCAGACCAUGAGAGGAAAUAUGCACACACAAUGCAGUUCUGGCACAUUCUGGCUGCCAAGAUGGCUUUUAUCAUUAUUAUGGAGCAUGUUGUUUUCAUUGUCAAAUUCUUUGUGGCUUGGAUGAUUCCUGAUGUCCCCGCUGAGGUGAAAGCCAAAAUAAAGCGUGAGAAGUACUUAACUCAGAAAAUCUUGCAUGAGUAUGAACUCAAUAAACUCAAGCAGAAGCUGUGUGAAAACAGGACCACUGCCAGCAUGGAAAAGGAAGUCAUUGCCACCGAAGGGAGAGUGGAGUUAUCAGAAGUCAUGUAAUCCGAGGAACAGUUGACUGUGAAAUUCCAGCCUGUGAAAAUUGGUUGUCCAAUCUAAGAUGAGCAGCUCAAUAUGCGUGAAAGCUUCUCUUUUGGUUCUAACAAUUUUACUGAAGCAAGUGGAGAGAAUCAACAUGGAUUGCCUGUUGGCCAAUCAACAAGCUACGUACCUUUGCUGCUGUGGAACCUUGAAAAAUGAAUCUGCUCAUGACACUGCUGAAAUGCCUUGCCUUUCUAAGACUGUAUGUUUCUCAUAACUAGAAUUGUCUUAAGUGUGUUAUAGCGAAAAGCUCAUUCUGUUCCACAUUUGCAGUCACAGUUCUUGCCAAGUGUGACAAUGGCCUCCUGAAUGAGGCUCAGGAAGUUCCUCCCUUACCCAGCCUAUAUUUAAUUAGUAUCAUUAUUAGUUGAUAAGGCCAAGAGUUUGGUGUGUUGUCCUUCAGUUGUUGUACUGCAAACUGAUGGUGCUAGAGCCUAAACGGAAUUCUGUAUCUUUUCAUCAUGCUCUUCAAGUGAUAUUAAAGCACUCCACAGACUCCGGUGGAGAUGCUGUGGCUGUGGAUUUCAUGCAUCAUCUUGGUAGGACUAACCAAGCUUCAAGGCCCCUUCCAACCUAUGACUCUAUAGUUCAAUCCUAUUUUUGUUUGCCUGUUCUCAGAAUUGGGGAAACUGGGAUCUGAACUGCCAAUAUCUUAGUCAUAGUUAACCUUGUUAAGGCAGAAGGGGCUUAGUGCAGCAAGUACACAAAUGUUUGGGGGGCCUUUACUGUAAGAUGCUAACAUCAGACAAACAAAAAACUAAAUUGGAUGCCUUACUUAGAGAAGUACUAAUCUGUAUUUGUCUGAUAGGUAGCAUUGGCUAUUCAAAAGCAUGUACUUUUCACACAUUGGCCUUGAUCAUGCAUUACUUUGGAACAUUACUUGGAAAAUCUUUCACAUAUCACGUGUGCGUUUCUGCCGCACAAACCUGUACCUUUCGGUACCUUUUGAGGUGGGUUGUUUUGUAGGUUAUUUUUAAGGCACAGAUAACAUAAUUUUAGAUUUAACAGUUCAGUAACUAUAGUGACCUAACAAAAAUUAAAACCCACAGUUACAUCAGCCAUAUUUUCUCCAAAAUAGUAAGGGAAGUUUAAGGAAUUACACCUCAGAGUUCCUAAAAUAAAAUAAAAUAAUUUUCUAUUCUUACAUGAUUAGUGAGGGUUAGAAAGAUGACCAGAUUCUUCCUAAAAUUAGUAUGAUAUUGAAUUGGAAAUAUACUUUAUCAAGACCAGAACCACUGAGGUAAUCUGGAGUUUUACCUGUGAUUGUAGUAGUAUUAUUUGGGAUCUGAAGUCAUUAUUUCUGAAAUUUUAAAAAAUGAUUUCAUGUUUUCAAAACCCCUGAGUAAAUUAUCUACAGGGAUAAAUUGUAAACAAAGCCAUUUGUUGUGAAUAUGCCUUAAUACUAGAUCUCUGUGUUUGUACAGAAUAUCUAUUCAUAAUAUUUAAUGAAUGAAAGGUUAUGUACAUUAAUGUAGCCAAAUCCACAAUGCUUAGAAAUAAUGGUUUUUUUAAAAUGUUGCUAAGAAGAGAAACAGUUCCUUUUUUGUGUGUCUUGAGACAGUUUUGCAAAUUUAUAAAGUUUAUUUAGUGUAAACUGUGCAUGUAGACUUAGCUAGAAGGUGUUACAGGCAGUGUUUUGUUAUAUAAUUUUAAGUUCUUACAAGUAUUUUUGAAGUUUUGCUACAUUUUUAUAUCCCCGAGUUUGCCCCACACUGCAUAGUGCCUUAUUUACAUGCACUUGUGAAGGAAAAAAAGAUGUGAAAAUGCUAGUAGUGUAAAUUAUGUAGCAUAAUGUAUCUUAUCAGUGAAUUCACAGGUAUUAUGAAAGUAUCAGCUUUCAAACUCAGUCUUGUGCAUUAGUAGCUGGUCAGGAGCAAGUUUUGCAGACUUCCAAGGUGUUUUGCUCAAUGCAAUACGAACCUUGAGAAACAAACACUUGCUGAAUUCUGAAUUCACUAAACAUGAAGCAUGUUGGACAUAAUGUACUUGCACUUUGAAGCUUAUGCUUGACUGUUAAGUAUUGGAACAAAUAUCCCAGGCUGUGUCUAGCAUGUGAGCUAAAGAUUAUGCUGUUUUAUACAUUUGUGUGCUUUGGUUUCAUUUCUUAUGGCAAAAAAGCAAAUUAUCUACUUAGAAACACUAUGGUAAAAGAUCCCAAUCAUUGAAGGAACAGUACUCAUAUCCUUGGCAAAGAAAAGCGCUAGAUUAAUGGGCAAAAUGCCCAGAUUAGAUUCAUAGUAUCUGUCUCGAAAAAAAACAAAACAAGAAAAGAAUGGUGCUUAUAGCAAAUAAGAAACUUAUAUAGAUAUUGGGUAACAAACAAGAAAGUUAUGCAGAUACUAGGGGUGUGCAAUGGCUCCAGGAAGAGAACAAUGAGAAUUGCAGGGUUUGGGGGUUUCCUCCUUUUUUCAUUGACACAUGAUAUCAGUAACUUCCCCCAAAUCAGAUAGGGCCCUCUCCUGGGGUUCUGUUGCUCUGUUUCUUUGCUUUUCUGUGCUGUAUAAUUCAAUGUUUGCAUUUAUAAUAGCAUGGUUUGCAUAACACAGUAAGCCAAAACUAUGCAGACCCCCAAAGAGGAAUUUGCAGCCACUUUGCUCCUCAAUUGUCUUCUUUGCUCAGCCAGAAAGAAAAGCUGUUGUGAAGCUGCAAAUGUUAAAAUAAUGUUCAGGAAAGAAUAUGCACCACUUGGCUAUCACUUAAUUGUUUUAUGGUAAGAAAGAGACAAACUCCCAUUUCCCUGCCCCCCUCCAGUAGAACAUUAUGGAGGAAAGUGAAGUCCUUUAAUUCUCCCACAAUAAAAGUCCCUGGACCUCUUUGUCUGCAAUUUGGCAGAUUUAAUCUCUCUGAUGGAGCUCCUGGGCAUGUAAAUUUCAUCCAUUUUGGCCAAAGGUGGGAGGAAGGUUUUUAGAUUCAUUUUAGAUUCCCCAUUAUAGUAAAUGGGGAGCACACAGCUUCAUUUUAUACAGAGCAGCUCUGAACCGAAAGAAACAGAUUGAAGCAAACAGAGCACAGAAUGACUUAGAAGCAGAAUGUAAGUUUUAAAAAUGCACAGAUACAAAGCAAAUCACCCCAUAUUUAAUGGGCUGUUCCAGCAGAGAGGUCUGCAGGAAAAACCAAGGUGCCAAGGGUGCUGUCUGAAGAAUGUAAGUUGUUAGCCCAAUUUCUAUUUAUUGAACCUAAUUUCAAAGGUUUCCAUGCUCAGAGACAGGGUUUUGGUCACCAUUGCCCUACUACCCAUGCUCUGCUUUGUGCAUAUAUUAUAAGGGCCUGUGCAUAACCUAUGGGGUUUUGAAGAGAGUUUGGGGAGCAGUGUGACAAAAAGUAUUCAGCACCAGACUGAAUUUAGCAUCCUCCUCAAAUUUUGAAUCAAAACCUUUCUGACAUCUUGAAACGGUCUGGCUUACAAUUUUGGUUUCUUUCUAUUUGUGAUGUGCUCAGUCUGCUAAGAUACUGUCACCCCCCACCCUGAAGUGAUGUACAGUUAAGACAAAUAAUAUUAUAUAGUGUAUAUUAGAUAUGCCAAAGAUACAUUGCAGUCACCAAAAAAAAUCUACAUAUUUAGCCAAAAACACUUUCUCAUCGUUUGAGCAUAAACACUCUGCUGCUUAUUUAUAAGUGUUCUUGUAAAUAUAAAUGGGGGAUUUGUGAUAGUUUCUUAUUUAAAAUAUGUUUGUGUUAGUAUAUAAUGAACUGCAGUGGUUGUGAAACAGGCAGCAAACAGUGCAAAUCAAGUCCAACAAAUCACAGUUCUGCUUGACAAAAAAUGCCAUCCGUGUCAAACUUAAAUGUAUUAACAAAUUAAAUGUGUGUUUUUUUAGCUUGCCACACUAGUUAUUUUAAAUUGUGUAGAAUCAAUAUUUUUUUUAAAAAAAUGAACACUCAGCUGCAGAGUGACUUGGCACAGAUGUAAAUGAAAUAAGUGGCUGUAGUUGCACAGUACCUUGGGUUGCGUUUUGUCAAGUCCAGUUGAGAUGAAGAUUGCACAAACAGCUUUGUCUGCUGUUUUUAUGCACCCUACCCAUAAUUAUUGCAGCCAGAGCAAUGAGAGGGGUUAAAUUUUUAAGAAGUGGCAUGUUUACUUAUGUAACUCUGACCUGUCAUUUGAGGAGGCUGUGGUGCAAGCCCUGAAUGUGUGCAAGGAUAUCAACAGAACAGAACUUCUGGCAACUUCUGGUACACAGGCGACCAGCCAUCUUUACAACUGCAUUGAGUCUAUGAUUUUGUAGUCCCUGGCAGGGAGCAAAAACACAAGAUAUUUUAAGCCCCUGGUGGGCAACUGUACCCAUGGAAGGUUUUAUUUGUAAAUCUGGAACAUUGGGAUGGCAUCCUCUGUUCUGUAUUUAUAUGUAAUUCCCUUUUAACCAAUUCCAAGUAUUGUUUUAGUAUUCUUGGAUUAAAUUCCAGACAUUUUAAUUUCUAGGCUAUGGCAAAAAUAUGUAGAUAAAGCCUUUUUGUGCUUAGCUCAAUCUGUAAGGAAACCUCAUUUGGCUCAGUGGGACUUAUUCUUAAAAAUAUGCACAGGACUGCAGCUUUAAGUGCCCAUGCAUGAUACAUUUUGAGUCACAGUUUGUUAAACUUGUACAAACUGAGCUCUCACUCAAGGAGAAUUAUAUCAGUUGUGGUCUGGGUGGCAGCAGUGCUUUUUGCUUUCUAGCAACCUUUUCUAGAAAGAUAUUUUUAUACUAGUCCACUGAAAGAGCCAAGUUACCAAGUACUGCUGUGGUGUUAGAUUUUCAGUUAAUUCAUAUGCAAGCACUGGACCCUUGUGCCUUGUAACAACACUUACUAAGGAAUGGUGUUGUGCAUGUUUGCCUAUAUGCCCCUGCUUCUGACAGAGAACUGUAAGUGGUCUAGCACUACCCCGUCUGAGUUUUUGAAUUGUGCAUAACACUCCUGUCUUAGAGUUUUUGAAUUGUGCAUCAUGUAUUGUGCAUCUGUUUACCUGUGUAAUUUUUUUAAAAAAAACUUUUCCGUAUCCCUGUCUUAUCAUUGUGUGAGCGCUAGUCUUCUGUUGCAUAUGGAUUAUAUGCCGUCUUGUGUAUACUGGUGGAUGAAUCCAAUGAUAAUAUUUGUAAAUUGUUGGUUUAUGCAUACUGAAUCAUGGUAUAUAAAUGUCCUGUGAUGCCUUUAAGGACUACAAACUUUUAUUUUUGCUUUUAAAGUAGAAGUUGUGAUUUUAUAAAUUGCUUUAAAUUUUCUUGUGACAACAAACAUUCAAGUUUCUUUCCCGAUUCUGUGCUGUGCAGUUCUGUACUCAGAAGUAAGUCCCUUUGAUUUCAAUUAAAAAAAAAUCUCUCUUUUAAGAAAUGCAUACAGAAUUGCAGCCUUGAGCCCCACUCCAGAUAUGCACAUCACUGGGUUGAAUUCAAGCUUGAGUGUAAGAGCAUCGGCCUGCCUGCAUCCUCUGAAUAGUUGGUGCUUUCCGGAGGAGGUUAGAAAGGUGAAAAAUUUGAGAUUCAGUUCUCCCACACUCCUAAACAAGUAAUUGGUAUUGAACUUGCUUCAUUUUUGUCUUACGCAGUACAGUCCCAAAUCACUAACCACAACUCUGUAGAGAGUGUUCUGCUUAAUGCAGUAUCCUUUUGUGGACAAUGGUCCCAUUCCAAACAGACACAUCUGCAAACACUGAAUCAAGCAGUCAGUUAUGCUAUAAUACAUACCAACCUUAACUUAGCAGAGCAGAGAUCUAACUCUGUUUUUUAACCCAUCAAGGCUCUGGUAGUGCAAUAGGCAUAUCAGCAUGCCUCCCAUAACAAGUCAAAAUUGGGUGAAAUGAAGAGUACCACAUCCUUUCACACUUAUUGUUUGUGAUGAGAGGAUUUUCAGUGCUGGUGGUUGACUGUGAUCAGGGACCCCCCCCCCCACUUUGCUUAUUACAAAGAAUUAGUCUGCUCUAAGUUUCUAAGUGAACCUUUACUAGAUGGUUUUUAUUGGGCUUUCAGUGCAAUUUGUUGAUGUUGCCAAUUCUAAGCUAAAUUUGGGGAUCUGGGAUGUUUGCCUGGUAGUCUAAGCUUAUUCAAAUUGUGUCUCAUAAACUGAUAUCUAUGGUUAGACUGUUGAUCAUCAAGCUGAUAUGUGCAAUACUGGGAUCUUAAAAAAAAAUCAGCUAAUUGAUGAUGGCAUUUAAAAGGUGUCUGCAAAUAGUGUGUUGCUUGUUUUGUAAAUACAUUGUUACAUGUAUUCAACUGAUUCUGUGAAAAGUUGACUGUUAAUAAACGGUUUUGUUUACAUCCA